CUCCCCUAAUCCUAUCCCCAUCAUACCCUUUUCAUAAUCUACCAUCAAAGACAGGAUGGCCUCUCUCUCCCUCCUCAGCCUCCUGUCUAUCCUCCUCACCACCACCACCUUUACUUCCACCGCUUUUGCCAUCGGCAUCCGCCAUGGCAUUAUUCGAAAACCUUCUUCGGAUGUUCCAGUCUUCAGGGAGGCCCCAGCUUUUCGCAAUGGGGAUAUUUGUGGGUCUAGUGCCUCCGACAGAAUCCACAUUGCCAUGACACUGGAUGCAAACUACCUCAGGGGCACCAUGGCUGCUGUUCUCUCCAUCCUGCAGCAUUCAACAUGCCCGGAAAAUGUGGAGUUUCAUUUCCUGUGGGGAAAGUACGAGCCUGAUGUGCUUGUAAGCAUCAAUUCAACCUUCCCUUACCUCAGCUUCAGAGUUUACCGAUUUGACUCCAAUCGUGUUCGUGGCAAGAUAUCAAAAUCUAUUCGCCAAGCACUGGACCAACCUUUAAACUAUGCCAGGAUUUACCUAGCUGAUAUACUACCAGCGGAUGUUAAGCGUGUUUUAUACUUGGACUCAGACCUUGUUGUGGUAGACGAUAUUGUGAAACUUUGGGAAGUUGAUUUAGAAGGAAAAGUUUUGGCCGCACCAGAAUAUUGUCAUGCGAAUUUUACAAAGUAUUUCACGGACUUGUUCUGGUCAGACAAGGGUUGGUCUAGUACUUUUGAAGGAAGACAGCCAUGCUAUUUCAACACAGGGGUUAUGGUGGUGGAUGUUGACAAAUGGAGGCAAGGAGGGUAUACGCAGAAAGUGGAGGAGUGGAUGGCUGUGCAAAAGCAGAAGAGGAUAUACACCUUGGGUUCAUUGCCACCUUUUUUGUUGGUGUUAGCUGGGAAUAUAAAAGCUGUUGAUCACAGGUGGAACCAGCAUGGAUUAGGGGGUGAUAAUCUUGAGGGAAAGUGUAGGAGUUUGCAUCCUGGGCCUAUUAGUUUGUUGCAUUGGAGUGGGAAAGGGAAGCCUUGGUUGAGGCUGGACUCAAGGAGGCCCUGCAUUGUUGAUCAUCUUUGGGCACCAUAUGAUCUUUAUGCUUCAUCAAUUCACUCUUUGGAAGAAUAAGGGGAUUGGAUGUGGGGGGAGCCAGGAGUAACUGGUAGAGGGGAGUUUAC